ACCAUCCCCCUUUUUAUUUCCGGAAGUGUGUUACAGACCAUUUACCAUAACUGUCCACAUUGAUCAUCGCAGAAAGAAUUAUCUACUAUUUCAAAUUGAAGAAUUAUCAGCUGUGCGAGAUAGAACUCUACGUUCCAUUUCGUGAAAGUAUUUUCGUGAAAAAAUGUGUACUCAAACGAAGGCUGCUGCUCUCAUUGCGAACAUUCCAGAGGCAGAAAUCGACCCGACUGGUGUGUUCAAAUACGUUCUCAUUCGAGUACACAGUAAAGAAGACGGCGACGACUCGAGCGUAGAUAUUGUACGUGGAUAUGCCUGGGCCGAAUAUCAUGCUGAUAUCUAUGACAAGGUAGCAGAGGAGCUUGAGAAAGGAGGGCACCUAGAUUGUGAAUGUAUUGGAGGAGGAAGGAUUAAGCACGACUGCCAGUCAAAGAAGAUCCACGUCUAUGGCUACUCCAUGGGCUUCGGAAAAGCAAAUCACGCUGUUUCCACAGAGAAACUGAAGGUGCGCUACCCUAAAUACGAGAUCACCUGGGCUGAUGAGGGAUAUUGACCUACACUGGACCCGUCUUGGUUCAGGCCUAUCUCCUUUCUGUGUCAAUAAGUGUGGGCCAAUAGUACACAGCAGAACCUCAGUGGCAUCACAUUAUGUGAGAUCUGAAGACAAACCUGUCAGUACAAAGCUGAAACUGGGACUAAGACUGACACAGUACCUAGUUGCUGACUAAUAUAGCCAGAACAACAGUGCUUGAUUUUCUAUUUUGUUUCAGUGAAACAAUAGAUGGAAAACAUAUUACUUAACAGAAGUCGUUUUAUGUUUAAACAUAAAAUGAAUAAAUGCUUGCGUUGAUUUAAUAAAUGGUAAUGUAUGCUUUAUUAA